UAAGUGGGGGCUGGGAAUUCUGCCCCUCCUUUGCCAGGACCUAAUUCCUGAGCAGAGCAGGGUCACGGCAGGGAGCACGCUGGAGGUGGGGGUAGUGCAAGACGCUGCCGUUUAUCUCUAUCCCUCUCCCCACCACCGUGUUGGGGCGGCAGCCGCGCUCUGGGAGCUAAGAAGAGAGGAAAUGGAGCAGCCCCCCACGGCGGUGGGGGCUGCAAGGCCCAGGGGCUGCCUCCAUACACACAUUCCCUCCACACAUACACCCCCGUCCCCACUGCUCGGCCCCGGCGUCGUCACCGGAUCCCCAGGCAGGGGGAGCGGGCGCGAAAUACGAACCGAGGCACGGAGCUACACGUGGAGGCUCUAGGAGAGGAGCAAGUGAGGAUGUUCCACUCACCCCACUCCGGGCAGUUACCUUUUCCGUCCAUAGCAUGGACAAAAUCCCCGUGGUACGUUUUACUCUUUAAUUUCUCUUCCAAAUUGAAACUCCUGAUGCUGACAAUUUCCUCCACGUCCGAGAGGUCCUCGCUCUCCGCGUAUCGCCUUCUGCCGAUGGACCGCUGGAAAAUCAAACAAAACAAACCCGCGUUUGACAAAUUUUUGGGGAAGGAGGGAGGAAAAGGGGGAAGAAAGCGCCCGUAUCGUGCAGGACAGCUUGAUGAAAUAAGUUCUGGGGGAAAUCAUUAAAAUAGCAAGACACAAAUUGAACAAACCCUGUACCCAAACAAGCUACAAGACAGCUGCAGGCACAACCUUUUCCAUCCCGUGGCACGGAAGGAGGGAGGAAUAAGAGAGGAAUAACAGGUGUCUGGCUGCAGGAACGCCAAAACUUGGGCUGCUCCGCAGAACUCGGUGAUGGACGGCGGGCAGGAGCAGGGCGGAACUCGCCCCGAAAAUCACCAGCUACUGCACCGCUGGGCUUUGCAACCCCGUGAGAAGCCGUAAGCAGCGGCCAAGGCUCGUUAGCAACCGGCUCGGUUUGAUUAUUGCUAUUUCUGCACGUGAAAACAGCAUAAUUGCCCGGGGAAGGGAGGAGGGUGUGAAUCAUUUAACCUGGUGCACUACAUCCAGGUCUCAGUAUUUACAUAAUCCCAGUGUUUCCAUAGUCACACCGGAAGCCUGCGAUUUAAAAACAGCUCGCUUUAUGUAACGCCGCGAUGGAUGCGCAGCCCCCUCCUCCCCCCACAAGCCCUGGGCUCCGCGGGAGGGGGGCAGGAGAGAGUUAAAUGUAACGGGGGGAGGUGGGGUAGGCCCGCGGAGGUCGGUGCCGCUGCCCCGGCGAAGUUGCAGCGGAGCCGGGGCUGGAGGCGGCGGCGGCGGGAGAACAAGCGGCCACGCACAAAGGUGGCUAUGGUAGAAGUUCAGCUAGAUGCAGAACAUGACUACCCUCAAGGCCUCUUGAUUGCCUUCAGUGCCUGUACUACUGUCCUUGUUGCAGUUCACCUGUUUGCCCUGAUGAUAAGUACCUGCAUUCUUCCAAACAUAGAGGCUGUUAGCAAUGUGCAUAACCUCAACUCUGUAAAGGAAUCUCCUCACGAGCGUAUGCAUCGGCACAUUGAGCUUGCCUGGGCAUUUUCUACUGUCAUUGGGACUUUGCUCUUUCUUGCAGAGGUGGUGCUACUGUGUUGGGUGAAGUUUCUUCCUUUAAAGAAGAAAACUGAUAAUCUGCUCCAGAGCAACAGUUCUACCAUCACAUCAGGACAGGCAGCAGCUAUUGCAUCAACAUCCAUUAUGGUUCCCUUUGGACUGAUUUUCAUUGUGUUUGCAGUCCACUUCUACAGGUCUCUGGUGAGCCACAAAACAGACAGGCAAUUCCAGGAACUGAAUGAACUUGCUGAAUUUGCACGACUCCAGGACCAGCUGGAUCACAGAGGUGAUACUAUCUCCUCAGCUGUCACCCACUUUCCCUAAACAUGUAGAGAAAAUAAACCCAUUGUUCUGCUUCUGCCUUGUUAUGUUGCUUACCCUGUGGAUGAACUGGUCAAGCAGUUGAUUACUGUUUUAAAUAUUGUUCUGACUCUUCAGAGAGGGGGAAAAAGUGUUGCUCCUUUCCUAAGCUUGGCUAUCUGACUUCAGGAGUGGAUGGUGGGCUAUGCUGGCACUGCACUGCGUCCCUCCUCUCUGAGCACUGUCUAGAUUGCUCCUUGUUCAUGCUGAGUGGGGGCUGUCUAAAUGCAAGGAAAAUAACACUGUAAAAUUUGGGUAUCUGCUAGGGAUGGAUAAAGGAGCAUUUUUCCCCUCUCUAUCUGAGCACUGUCUAGAUUGUUCCUUGUUCAUGCUGAGUGGGGGCUGUCUAAAUGCAAGGAAAAUAACACUGUAAAAUUUGGGUAUCUGCUAGGGAUGGAUAAAGGAGCAUUUUUCCCCUCUCUAUUUAUUUGAUGUUGGCAUUUACUAGAAGAUGCUGUUUGUCUGAUCCAUAUUGCAUGGCAUGAUACAAAUUACUUGGGAUGCGCAGCAAUUAGCACUUGGUUUCAGUGCUAGUGCUGCUCUCUAGAAGGGCUGACAGAUGGUUCAAGCGCAGGCUUCCCACCACUUCCCCAGGAUGGUUUCCUGCCAAGUAAUUAUUACUGCACUCAUUUCUCCAGCGCCUUUUCCCGUGGCAGUUAAACAUUUUAUCACUCACUAAACACCCUUGACUAGUCUUACUGUGAUGUGGUGUGGCCACAUGAGUAGUAAUGAAACUCUGCUCUACUCUUCCUUGGAAGAAAAUGAAAGCAAUAACUUGUUUAGAGUUCUCACAAGCCAGCACAUAUCUAGAGAGGUAGAUUUGCCUGUUUUCCAUUUAGGGAUCUUUUCUUGAAAAGAAGGAACUAGAUGGAAAUUAUCACUGGAUAAUGGUUUCUGCUUGAAAAUCGGAAUCACUGCUGGUUUUCUCCAAGCCAAAGUAGUAAUUCUUUUAUACUUUUAUAUUGAAAAAUGUCUUUUUAAUAAAUCCUGAGAUGCCAGCAGCCAAAGGUGCUUUCUCUAUGCUGGAUUCCCAAGUAAUUCACUCUGCCUUGGUCUUCCUUGUUUAGAAAAAGUCUUCUCUUUGCUGAAGUGUUGUGUUUUAUAACUUGUUAUUUUUUGUUCCCAAAGGAUCUGGAAGACUACUUUUCUCUGUAUAUUUAUUUAUGGAAGUAGGUUAUUUGUAAUGAAUAUUGCUGCUUACUUUCCAACGCUUGUUUCUGACAGUGAGGCUACUGUGUUGGGUUAUUUCUACUUUAAGCAAAACUUCCUAUGUGGUCUUUCAGAUCAAGGGCUUGUCAGGAAUGGUUGUAGCAGUUGUCCUGGGCUGUUUCAGUAAAUUGCUGUGUCUAGAAGUGGAUUUUUUUGGAAUGUGGCUCUCUGGAGCAGCUUUGGGCUUUAAUGGGUACAAGCUGUUUUUUGGAACAUAAAGUGAGAGAGGUUUCAGGUCUAAUGGAGCAAAACUUAACCUUUGUAUUUUUCUGUCACUCUGUGGGAUAGAAACCUGGGAUUUUGAAAUGAGAGGUGUGAACAUGACAAUACAGAGGAGCUGUACCUGACUGAGCCUGGACUGAGCGUGGUCUCGCACCCAGCUUCCAUCUCAGGUUGCUCCAACAGGUGCUGAAGCCCUGGAGCAGGCUGCCAGAGACAGUUUGUGGAGUCUCCUGGAGAGAUUUCAAAGGUGCCUGGACAUUGUGAUCCUGAGCAGCUUGCUCUGGGUGUAACUCUGCUUUAGCAGGAGGGUUGGACUAGAUGAUAUCCAGAGGUGCCUUCUAACUCUUACCAGUCGUGCAUUUGGUGACAUAUCUACAAACUGCAGGAUGUGUCUGUAGUUAGAGUUAGGGUGGCAGAGUGUGUUUACUACUGACGCAGCCUCAGGAAGCCAAUGGGACUGACUUCUCAUGUCAGUACCGCUGCAGUGGAAAGUGUUGACAAGGUUACUUGUGGUGUUUGUCUUCUGAAAAAUAACUGUUAAAAAACAACAAAUAAACCUGCUGGGCUCUUGCUUUUAGCAUUUUUUUUCCUCAGCAGCAUUCUUGGUUCACAGGCAGAAAGCAGCUUUGCACUUGCUGUUUUCACAAGUCCUUCUAGCCUGCAGAGAGGCCAAACUGGAUUUUCUGUUGUUCUGCCAUUAUGUUAUGCUUCAAAUAUAUUCUGUUGCUGAUGUAAAUCUGCUGAUGGUGAGAAUUGUGACUCCAGUCCCACAGGUGUUUGGAAGGAGAGUGUUAAAGGCAUUUAUGAAGCAGCAUUCCAAAACACAAAACCUUGGUAGUAGGCACAAAAUGGUUUGUUGUUUUUUUUUUUUUUUUUUUCCCCAUCCUUUGCUGGAAUAAAUGUCCUGACUUGGUUAGAAAAAUGUAAAAACCCCUAGUAAAGGAUGAAAACCUGACUCAGUGUUCGUACAGGAGCAAAUGGUUGAAAGGGUGCUGUGGUGCUUCUGUCCAGAAAAGUUAAUUUGAAUGAAAGUCCAGAAAAUCUCUUUUCUAUGUUUGUUUUGUGAAGUGACUUGCUGUCCUGGAUCAGUAACUGAAUUUCUCUUUUGUGGAUCUUUCAAAGUGACAGAGGAGUGUGGGAGGCUUUUUUUGUUUUGUUUCAGAAAUACAGAAUUAGAAGCUAGUGGGACAAUCUGUUUUUAACUUCCUCAAGCUGGUAGGUUCUGAGCUAAUGGCACUGUUACUAUGGCUGCUUUCUGGCUAUCUUCUGCACUUUAAGCCAUGAUACUGAGUCUAUUUCCCUUAUUUUCCACCUGUGGAAAUGUUCAUGAAAGUUACACCCCGGGCACAGUCUCCUAACUGUGUGGUGGGGCAGUAACCAGACAAUCAAAACAUGAAGAGUGCACUUAAGAUGUUGGUUUUUUUUAUCCCUUAUUUAUACUAAUGGUAUUCUGUAUUUACCUCAAGCAUUUUAAACCUUGGAUACUGUAUAUUAUUUAGAUACAAACUACUUUAAUAAAAUAUACUCAAUUGUUGCUGA